UAGUUUUUAUAACUAGGAUUUUGUCACAGCGAAAAAGUACAAUAAUUGAUUUUCGUACUUAUUUUCUAUAAUAAUAAAAGUGCGUAACUAUGACAGUAAAGGAUAUUAUUCUGGACUGGUUAGAGGAAGGUUUUGCGUUCGCUAAGAACAUUCAAGACAUAAAAGUAAGCCAUGAAAGUUCUUUACUCCCUUCUAUAAAGAAUGAAAGUGGUGUAAUAAUUACACCAAAACCAUUAUUUCCAAUAUUUCUUGAAGAUGUCGAAUUAGAUCCUAAUUUUUUAAUUGAAUAUUUUGAAGUGAUAGAAAAUAUGUUGCAGCUGAAAAAGAAUGCAUCGAAAAAUAUAGAUGGUUUAAAAACUAUUGAGAAAGGUGAUUCCAAUUCUCAUCUUGAAUCAGAUAUGAAGAAGAAAUUAAAUACACCAAUAGACUACGAAAGAAAAAAUAUUUUUCUUAGUAGAGUUGUUUUUUCUGUUUUUGAAUUACCAGAUUGUUUGGUUCCCAAAACUUCUUCACAAUACGAAAAAGUUUUACGGAGAAAUGAAUUGUACAAGAGAGCUAUUGAUUUGCGCCGAGAUUUUCCAAUUCAUUUUCAUGACCAAAAUACUCAAGAAGGAUGCGUUAAAAUGGAGGAUAAAUCUGUAGAAACUAUCCCUAUUAUUCUCAACGAUAAAACGACGUUAGUAAAUAAUUAUAAAAUGAAAGAACAUUACGAUGAAAAUGAAAUUGUUCUAAAACCUCCACCUAAAAGCUUUAAGGAAUACAUAAAUAAUAAAACAAAAUUUCAAAAUUAUAAAGAUUUCAUUGGAAAAAUUCACGAAUAUCCAUCUAUUUUGAGUAGGAUUAAAAACAGCUUAUAUGUCAUGGAGAAAUCUCUCAACUAUAAUACCUACAAAAGUACUCUGCUCUCUUACAAUAACUGCGCAGUAGAUUUAGAAGAGCUUAUGAAAUCUUCUGAAAAAGAGAACAUUGAAAGUAGUUUUGAAAAGAUUCGCGAUGGUUCUGGCGAAUACGUCAGAAAAGUGAGUGGUAUGGCGUAUAAACAUCAUUUACAAUUCUUUUUACCAUCCCUUAAAGAUGACUAUAGAGUUACCUGUAUGGAAUGCAAUCCAAAAAACUCAAGUAUUUUCAUUAGUGGAUACGGGGUGCCACCAUCCAAGGAGCUGGACAGCUCACCAAGGGGCAUGGUUUUGUGCUGGAACAUUCAUAAAUGCGAACAUCCAGAGAGGAUCUACCACACAGAAGAAGCAGUUGAAUGCGUACAAUUUUCAAAGACCAAACCGUAUUUAAUCGCAGCUGGGAUGCGAUAUGGACUCAUAACUGUCUUUGAUCUGAGAAGAUCUGAUUCACGAUCGAAAGUAAAUAAUCGUACAUCCACCGUUAGACCCAACGGAACAAUAACCAGUGUUAGAUGGAUCCAGAAAAAAUAUUCAUUAGGUAAGGAAUCAGAGUUCCUUUUAGCCAUUUCUAUGGAUGGAUUACUAACUACUUGGAACCUUGGAAAAACUUUGGAUGGCUAUAUUCUAAGAACUGUGAAGCGAGGUACAAAUAUAGGCCAAGAACAAAGACGACUCUUCAUAGCUGCAGAUGCUGCUGGAAUGUGUCUUCAAAUGAAACCAGACGACUCCAAUGUUUUUGUUUUAGGUACUAUUGAAGGACAAGCUCUUCAGGGCGAAUUCAAUGAUCCUGAAGAAUAUGUUCAUGUAUAUAAUUGCCAUAAUGGUCCUGUCUACGAUAUUCAAUGGUCUCCAAUAGUGACAGAUAUUUUUAUGACUUGUGGGGCGGAUCGCAAGGUAAGUAUAUGGGACAUCCAAAGAACAAUGACUUCUAAAACUGUUUCGCUACCUGACGUUACGCUGAAGAUGGCUCUUUCUAAUAUAAAGUCUACAUUGUUUGUCCUCUUAACAAAAAAAGUUAUUUAUGUUUUUGAUUUGGCUGUCCAUCUUCACAAACCUCUGAUUGAGCUACAUGCUAAAGAAGAAGAUUUAUUCAGUUGUGUAAUAUUUUGUUCAAACAACAAUUGGAUACUUGUAGGAGGAUCGAGUGGGAUUAUCAACUUAUAUGAGUUGACCAACGUCUCUGAAUUGCCAGGAGAUCAAUCUGCAGUACUGAAGGAAACAUUAAUAUCAGAACUCUAAAAUAAUAUUAGAUAAAUAAACAGUACGAAACUGAAUAAUCACUGCAUUUGUAUAUGACGAAAUAUAAAUAAUAGAAA